AUGGCCGUCUGCCCCGCGCCACGCCUGCAGACCGGACAAAAUAACGCCUCGAUUUUGAUUACAGGCGGCGCUCUGAUUGACGGGACGGGCGCGAAGCGACGGCAGGAGGAUAUAAGAAUUGUCGCGGGCAAAAUCGCCGCGAUUGGCAAACUGAAGCCGGAACCGGGUGAGCGGGUUAUCCACGCGAAGGGGCUGAUUGUUGCGCCCGGAUUUAUUGAUGCCCAUAGCCACGCGGAUGGCGGCCUGCUGGAAGACCCCGACGCCGAAACGCAAAUCCGUCAGGGACGGCAGUUCGCACUUUCCCUGCAGACCUGGUUCGACGCGGUGACCGCAAAAGGCGUGGCGCUCAACAUUGCCAGUUUCGUGGGGCAUGGCACGAUGCGCGAGCAGGCGAUGGGAGCCGAUUUCAGGAAACCCGCGACCCCCGAACAAAUCGCCCGAAUGAGAACGCUGGUCGCCCAGGAGAUGGAGUCGGGAGCACUCGGCCUUUCUUCCGGUCUUGAAUAUGUGCCGGGCCGCUAUUCCAACACGGAAGAAUUAAUCGCCUGCGCUCAAGUGGCGGGCAAAUACGACGGCAUUUACAUCAGCCAUGUCCGCAAUGAAGAUAAUCAGGCGCUAGACUCGUUCCGCGAACUGAUCCGCAUUGCCGACGAGGGUCACUUGCCCGCGCAGAUUUCGCAUAUCAAGCUCGGCUCCGCGUCGGUCUGGGGACAAUCGAAGACCGUUUUGCAAAUGAUGGCGGACGCUCGCAAGCGCGGUCUGGACGUUACGGCGGACGUUUACCCCUAUCUAUACUGGCAGUCUACUAUCGUCGUCCUUAUCGCGACGGAGGAAUGGGAUAACCGGGCGUUGUGGACGAAAGGGCUGGCGGAUGUGGGCGGCGCAGACCAUGUUCUGUUGAGCAGCUACACGCCAAAACCGGAAUGGGCUGGAAGAACCAUCGCGCAAAUCGCCGCGCAGACGCAGCAAGACCCGGUAACGAUUAUUCAGGAAAUUGUCCGCAACACGCAUGGCCCGGAGGCGAAGGGUAAAGAGGGCGUGAUCGUGACGGCGAUGGCGGAGCCGGAUUUAGAAACGUUUAUUGCGUCGCCCUUCAUUAUGUUUUGCAGCGAUGGCGGGCUGCGUGGAACCCAUCCGCGUGGCGCCGGUUCCUUCCCCCGUGUGUUGAGCCGCUAUGUUCGCGAACGAAAAACGCUCACGCUGGAAGCCGCAAUCCACAAAAUGACCGGCCUGACCGCGCAGCGUAUGGGCCUGACGGAUCGCGGCGUCCUUGCCCCGGGAAAAGCGGCGGACAUUGUUCUCUUCGAUGCCGCCAGGAUUCAGGAUACUGCCACAACAGCGCAUCCGACAGCGGCUCCGCUGGGGAUUCCAACGGUGUUUGUCAAUGGCGUUCCCGCUCUGGAAAACGGUCAGAUUACUGGCGCGCGCCCCGGAAUGAUUCUCAAGCGGCGUGGAUUAGGACACGAAAAUAGAAGUGGACGCGAAUAG